AAAAAAACACUAAACAGAAUAUUCAUUGUUUGCGAAUAUUAAUCAGUGUUUAGUGGAAAAUAAUGAUGGCAAUUAGUUGCAAUUCGGCAAAAAUCAAAUCUAAAGGGUUGGCGAUUUUGUUGGUGUUUAUAACGGUUAUUUGGACAACUUCAGCAUUAGAAUGUUAUUCUUGUGAUUCAACCGAAGAUGCUGAGUGUGCUACUAAACCUGGUCAGCAAAUCGCCGUUGAGGAGUGUGCCUCUGAAACAGAUGAAUGUGUCCAAGUGUUGCCGGCAUAACCAGACGUGGUUGUCUGUCACGCCUCUUCCCUUCACGUUACUGCCCAGAGCCCUGCGCUCGCUGCAAGAAAAGUCUUUGUAAUCGUGAUGUAUUUCCCACCGACCGUUUACGUUGCUAUCAAUGCAGUGGCUCUUCCUGUGUUAAUGUGGAAAAGAAACCAGAAUUAAUACUACCAUGUCCUUUUUACAAAGAAGACGAUCGUUGUUUCACUAAUGUACUACAUGUCAGCAAUGUUAUACGUGGUUGUGAGACGACUAUGGUCGAUGCAAAUAACUGUCCACAUGCUUGCUUUAAAUGUAAUUAUAAUGGCUGUAACAAAGAACCUGGUAUGACAGAGCAAAAUUGCUUACAGUGUACACAUUCAUUUGCCUCGCCAAAUCCUUCCUGCUGGAGAGGACAAGAUGAAAGAUCCGAUAAAUGUGUGACCAAAAGCGAAACUUAUUGUCAGAAUAAGAACCUGUAUGGUCAUGUGGGAAAAUGUUAUACUCAUGUUAAUGAACAAACCGGAGUAGUACAACGUGGCUGUUCUUCCAACAAACCCUGGUAUCCAUCGGGUAGUAUAAUCGAAUGUUAUGGUGAGAAAUGUAACACCGAUUGCUUAACCAUAUCCUGUAAUGUGUGCUCUUCGGACGACAAUCCAAAAUGUAUGCAAGGAAAAUUUUUAAAAACAGAAAGAUGUAAAGAAAAUACUCAAUCGUGUUUUACUUGUGAAUCAGGAAAUCUGGUAACAAGAGGUUGUGCAGAUGAAAAAUUCUAUGAACGCUAUGGAAAUGCAUCCAUUGCAGGACAGCAAGCUUGUUAUUUGUGUCGCGAUGCAAAUGGUUGUAAUCAUACUCCCGUUAGAACCUGCUAUUCUUGUUCAUCGAUUGAUAAUAGAGAUUGUUCUCUUAUGACAUCGCCUUUAUAUAUAGCAAGAAGAAAUUGUUCCUCAUAUGAUGAUUUGUGUGUUAGUACAGUGAUUACUAAGGCCAAGCAUACUUAUGUACUGCGCGGUUGUUCUUCCCAUUUAGCAGAGUGUACGAACAAUGAUCCGUUGUGUGUGCGUUGUAAUGGCAGUCUUUGUAAUACUAUACCCAUAGAUUUGUCCCUAAAUGAGGAUGUGCAAUUGCCCCUAAUAUGGGAUAAAAAUGGAGAGGGUAUAAUCGAUGGUAAAAGUGGUGGCAUUAGAAAGGUUUCACAGGAAUUAAAGUUAUAUUUAAUAAGUAUUGUACUUUUUAACUUUUUGUGUAAUUUGAAAUAAGUGUCGAUUAAAAAUAAAUAUAAAUUUGGAACUUUGAUAAAA